AUGAAGGAUUUAGGCCCUCUUCGAUAUUUUUUGGGGAUUAAAGUUGCAUACUCUCGUAAAGGUUAUCUUCUAUCUCAAAGCAAGUACAUUGCCAACAUUCUAGAACAAGCUCGCCUCUCUGAUAAUCGAGCAAUAGAUAGUCCGCUUGAGCUGAAUGUGAAAUAUGCUCCCUCUGAUGGGGUUCCUCUAGCAGACCCCACUUUAUAUCGUACCUUGGUUGGAAGCUUGGUGUAUCUUACUAUUACUAGACCUGAUAUUGCUUAUGCAGUGCAUGUUGUUAGUCAGUUUGUUGUUUCUCCCACUACAGUACAUUGGGCAGCCGUGCUUCGUAUUUUGCGUUAUCUUCGGGGAACUCAGUUUCAGAGCCUUUUAUUCCCCUCAUCUUCUUCCUUGGAGUUAUGUGCUUACUCUGAUGCUGAUUGGGCUGGUGAUCCUAUUGACCGCAAAUCUACCACAGGGUUUUGUAUUUUUCUUGGAGAGUCUCUCAUCUCUUGGAAGAGUAAAAAACAGGACAUUGUCUCCCGCUCUUCUACAGAAGCUGAGUAUCGUGCUAUGGCAUCCACCACCACUGAAAUAGUUUGGUUGCAUUGGCUACUUUCUGAUAUGGGUAUCUCUCUUUCUCAACCAACUCCUAUGUAUUGUGAUAACAAGAGUGCAAUUCAAAUUGCCCACAACUCGGUCUUCCAUGAACGUACCAAACAUAUUGAGAUUGAUUGUCACUUCACACGUCACCAUCUUCAGCAUGGCACCAUUACUUUGCCGUUUAUUUCUUCUUCCUUGCAGAUUGCUGAUUUGUUCACGAAGACACAUUCUAUUAAACGUUUUCAUUUCUUGAUUGACAAACUCUCGAUGCUCUCUGUUAAUGCAUCGUGA